AUGCGUAUGUUGACCUGUAAGUGCCUCAAUGUCAAAGUAUUCACAAAGACAGACAUCAAAAAUUCAAUUCCAUUUGAAUGUGGACUGAAGAUAUCGGGGUGGAUUGUGAUGAAAUGUUUGAACUGUCAAAUGGUGACACAUGCAAAAAAUGCUGAAUCUGAUCAUUUGCUCGUCUUCUCUGAUCUCAUAACAGACAAAGAUAAAAUAGAUGAAUUGACAAGGGAUGCAAAUUAUUCUCCCAUGUACAAAAUUGUUGUUGAAAAACCCAGCACUAAUUUGGCAAGUAAUGGAGGAUCAGCAACAAUAUCGAACAACAUCAGAUCUGUGCUGCAGUCCAUACAGACCAGCUUUGAGGAUUAUAUUGCAAAAGAACAAACAGAAAUGAAGAAAAGAAUAAAAGCAUUCGAAGAUGAAGAGCAUUCGAAAUUUGACAAUUUGAAGACGCGAUACAUGCAGGACAAGAACAAGCUGAUAAAUGUUCUCAUCCACAAUGAUUUCAGCAAAUCCAAAAAUGUUAAUUUCUUCGAUGAAUGGGUAGGCGACAGUCCAACAACUCCACCUUCUGUAGUGUACCCUGCUGAGAAAGUUAAGACUUCCUCUCCACCCAUUGUUUCAGACAAAAACAAGAAACACUUACUAGCCGACAAGAGUGAGGUGACAAAGGUAACAGCAGAAUUUGAUGCGGGCAGCAGCAGGGGUGUCCCGUCAACCAUUCAACCAACCAAUUUUUCCAUGUUUCCAAUGUCUGAUCAAAAAGUUAAAACAGAUCCCGCUAAUAUUUUUUCUGCCCCAUUGUCAUCUGAUGACAAGGGUUCUGCUAGAUCAAAAAUCUCUUCUUUGGACAUUUCAGUAGUAGAUGAAGCUUCUUUGCCAGCCACAUCGUCGUCGAAAUCUUCUUCGUUAGCGUCUUCAUCGCUUGCAGCAACAUACAUGACAUGGAAUGCUGAUAAUGAGAUUGAAUACCUUCUCCCAAAAAUUUCUCACCCUGCAGCUACAAAUUAUUCUCCUAUCCUCUCCCCAAUGUCACUUGAAGUGCCGACUUCAAUUCCUGAGGAGGACGAAGAAGAUAACAAUGACAAUGUCACAUCUACUUUGAGAAAUGUUUACAUGCCCGUCAAGCUCACAACGUUCGAUGCUGACGAAAACAGCGAUGACGUCACCGCUGCAGACACCACUAAGUCACUUGCUAAUCCAAGCAAGCCACAAUCCAUUGUUAACAAAGAUAUUAAUGCUUACCUGGCAGACAAUCAGAACAAUCAACCAAUCAUUGUAGGAUCGUUUGAACCGGAAGAUGAUCAUGAAGUUAAAAAGCCGAGGAGAAUCAGUCGGUCGAAGGGGGAAGCAGAAGUUGAUGAUAGCAGCAGCGAUGCGAGCAAUGUCGACGACGACGAACCAGUCACGCAGAGCGGCAUGUACUCGAUGUCUGUACCGAUCAGCGUACCGUGGCCCGCCAGACAAAUGUCCAAACCACUUGAUGACGCUAUCGAUGAGACUCCUGUUGAUGAGCAGAGCAUGGCGGCGGCGAUUCGAGCGAUGGCGAGAAGUGUGAAGGUAGCCGACGAUGGAUCGGAAUUAUUCGGUGAACUGCCGACGAGUUCCAACGCCAAGAACUCUCGACUUUCCAGGCUCUCCAAAGGAAACAGCUCAGAAAAUGAAGCGACGCUUGCCAUUGGCUAG